CAGCCUUCCUCCUGGCACCCCGAGUGCUAUUCAAACCCCGGCGAGGCUUCCUCUGAACAAUGCCGUCCCAAGGAUGCCGCGAAGGUAGCGGGCCACAUGCUAAACCUAUUACUGCGAGGAAUUCUGCCCCGCUGGGAGCCAGGAGGAGGCUGCAACAACAACUCGUGCACACAUUGUUUUCGAGGUGAGACUCAUCGAGAUGGGACCCCAGACAAGCGGCAGAGCAGCCGAGGAAGUCGGACAUCCACACUUCAUACCUGCAGGCAAUUCAUGGUCAUUCAAGGGCUGCCGGGGACCAGACAGCGUGCGUGUAGCUGCAGCGCUGGAAGCACAGCGUUUGGGCACGAAAUGUGGGUCUCUGAAGGCUUUUCCACCACGCAGCAGCACAAAGCAUCUCCCACCUCCCCCGGGCGAUAAACGCUGCACCAGAGGCUUGCAGCGAUGCUGAGGGAACCCCGCAGCCUCCUCGCUCACCGACACCAAACCCAGAGGCUGAGCACCCAAACGAAGCCCCCCAGUACCCGGUACCAGUAAGGACGCCCAGCAGAAGGCGCCCCGAACCCUGACACAGAAGGGGCAUUGGUGCUCGACCCCCUCCGAGCCCCCCGUUGGAGCCACAGCUGCUCGGUACACGCACAAACCUCCCGAAAGGCACCGGCGUGCAGGCUGUAAUUUGCCGGCAGCCCUACAUUUACAAAUCCCCAUUACCGCAGCUUGUGCUCGAACGCGCACGUUACCCAUUAACUCCCCAGCGCACGAUUGCAGCUGCAGGCUGCUCGCUAAGCGGAAGUCUCGGAUUAAUUCAGGACUUUCUGAACCCAUUCCUGCUCGAGGAAGUCACAACGAUCAGCCCUACCAACAGCCCCGCAGCUUUACUGCACCUUGAGGGAACCUGACACAGGCAUUGCAGGGGCAGUGUCUAAAAUCAGAUAAAAGCUGGAAAAGGAGGAAGAGCUGUUUUAGCGUUCAGGUGCGUGGCUCCAGCCACACGAUCCGUGGGCUCAGCGGGGAUAAUCCAGGUGAGCUGUAAACAAUGGCCAUGGCACUGAGAUGCUUUCGGCACCUGCACUCCCUGCUGUAUUCGCCGUUGGCCAUGAUGAGGAGGCUGCCACAGGCUCCUGCAGGCUGCCCAGCCCUGCUGCUGGAGGGCUGCAGGCAGUGUGUCCACCAGGUGCUGCUGACCCGGCAGCUGGCCACCAAAAAAGCUAAAGGUAAAGGGCAGACUCAAGCCAAAGUGAAUAUCAAUGCUGCCUUAGUUGAAGAUAUUAUCAAUUUGGAGGCAACCAAUGAAGACAUGCAGGCGGUGGUGGAAGCUCUGAAAGAAGAUUUCAACAAAAAUGUCAGCGUUAGAACCUCACCAGGGGCCCUUGAUCACAUAAUUGUCGUGACGAAAGAUGGGAAGUUUCCGCUGAACCAGCUUGGGCAAAUCUCACUGAAGUCACCUCAGCUCAUCAUAGUCAACAUGACCAAUUUUCCUGAGAGCACAGCUGCAGCUAUGAAGGCUAUAAGGGAGAGUGGAAUGAACCUGAACCCAGAAGUGGAUGGGACGCUGAUUCGGGUGCCGAUUCCGAAGGUCACCAGAGAGCACAGGGAGAGCCUGGCCAAGCUUGCCAAACAAUCCACCAACAAAUCCAAAGAUGCCUUGAGAAAGGUGCGAAGCAAAAGCAUGAACCAGGUAAAGAAGUUCAAGAGCAAAGUGUCUGAAGAUACCAUCUGGCUGCUAGAAAAGCAGAUCCAGCAAAUGGCAGACAACGCUGCAGCAGAGAUGGACAAGUUGCUGGCAGCAAAGACCAAGGAGCUGCUUGGAUAAACGUCAUCCAUAUGGACAUGCUCUCCCCCCCACAAGAAAGAACAGACUGCCACAUACCCCACUGGCCAUCCCUGCCUGGAGUCAGGCAGCCUCAGGUGAUGGGCAGGGAUAGGUCUCCCAGACCUCCAGAGCAGAUCUGGGCUUUGGGAUCCCCCAGCCACUGGGAUUCCUGAACCUGGAUGGUGCUGGAGGGAAGGGGGAAACUCUCCUUGCUGUUCUUCAUUCAGGCAUCAGCAGAAUUGGCAUCAAUUCAGCAGGAGUGGGUGAAGCUCAUACCACCCGACAUGUCACCUCCUUGCUGGCCUGUUUCCUGCACACCCUACCCUCUGCAGGGCUGUGGAAUCGCCUCGCACCCUGGCCUGGUUGUGCUUCUAGCAGCAGUCAGCCUAGGGCUGGUUGAAGCAUGCACCACAUGCAGGAGGAACUUGAUGCUCCUGUUGUAACCCUCGUUUAUUCUUGCUUAAAAUAAAGCAAAAGUGAGUUCACCCCUCUCCAGAGAAGCAGCUGGCACAGCUACCUGCAACCUGGCCACCAGCCGCUCCUGGAGGGUGUGUGGCAACUCAUCACCACCUGCUGCACACCAACCAGCAGGAACCAUGGCUUUGCAGUUCCCUAGGCUUCAUAGAUAGAGAAUUGAAAUUAAUACUGUGAGCAUGGCUGGUUUUGCCAGGAGUAAGACAACCAACAGUCAGCACACGAGUCUACAAAGCCAACAUCUUCCCACAUGCAAUGCUUGCUCCACAUUCCAGAGGUUAGAGAAGGGAGAAUCAUGACAUGGUCCUGAGCACAUACUAUAACCCUUGGUUACCAGCAGGUACUUUCCAACAGCAGCAAGCAGCCUCAGGCAAUGGCAAGACGGAGGGAAGGUGGUGGCCAGCACCAUAGCCCCACUCCCAAAGCAUUUGGGUUCAAAGAGCACCAAGCCUCUGCAGUCCUUAAAUAAACAACUCCCAAAAAGUUAGUUUGUGCACAGUGGGGAGGGGGAGAAGGAUGAAGGAUUUGCUCUGCUAGGGCCCCACAUGUCAACAAUUUCUCUGCUUUGUGUAUUUUGGCCAAAGCACUUACCAUGAUAAAUGAAUAAAGGAAAAUGGCGAGCCCAGGGCGGUUACAUGGCUCAGUAAAUUG